CCACUCCGGACCUGGUUUACGGCUCAGAGCUCAGGCUCCAGUACGGCCGCUGAUUGGUUGCCGAAGGUUUGGUCCCAUCCCAGUGACCCCAAAGUGCUGAAGGGAGGGGGCAGGGGUGGCCCAGUGCAAAGUGCAUCCUGAAAGCCCCCUUUCCAGACAUCCAGCUGCUGGCACUUCGGACCUCGUACGGCUUGGGCUCUCCCUGUUCCCAGUCUUCCUGAGUCCCUCGGUAACUGGAAGCUUCCGGCCCGGCGCGCGGCAGCCCCCAGGUCUGAGCCCCUGGACCGGGACUGCCCCCCCAACCCGAGCCGGCACUUCCUCCCUGCACCCCUUCCCCACGGCUGCUUGGAGGCCGAGACAGCCACCCCCACGCCUGAUCCUCUGUCUGGAUGCUCUCCAGGCUGGGGCGCUAAGGCACCGAAGAGGAUCGGGAACACGGUGUCCGGCCCUGCCUGGGGUGUUUCUUCAAUGGAGAAGUUGGUGAAUGUGGAGGACGCUGAAAGGAGGAAGAGGAGCUGCAGCUGAGGAGACAGGUUUGAGCUGGCUGGAGGACACUCGGGAGCAGAAGGGGGUCUGCCCACCCACCAGAGAAGCAGUAGGCAGAGUGCCUGGGACCAGCAUCCCCUCUAAAGGCAGGCUGAGGCAGGAGGAUUCCAGGUUGCCCACCAGCUUGAGCUACAUUGGAGGUGAAAACUUUUUUGCUCUGUAGCCUGGACGAACUCGGAACCUCUUCCCAUGAUGCUGUAUGUGCACAAUGGUUAUUAGACAACCUAUCUACCAGGAGAAGAGAUAUUCUUCUAUAAGGCUGAUUCCUGUGACCUAAUGACUCAUUGGUGAAAAGUGGACUCUGCUAGGAUGUUACACCACCACUGUCGGAGGAACCCUGAACUCCAGGAAGAAUUGCAGAUUCAAGCUGCAGUGGCUGCCGGGGAUGUUCACACAGUACGGAAGAUGUUGGAGCAAGGCUAUUCUCCCAAUGGCCGAGAUGCUAAUGGCUGGACUCUGCUUCAUUUCUCUGCAGCAAGAGGAAAGGAGAGAUGUGUUCGAGUAUUUCUAGAACAUGGAGCUGAUCCCACGGUUAAGGACUUAAUCGGAGGCUUCACUGCUCUUCAUUACGCAGCCAUGCACGGCCGGGCCCGAAUUGCACGCCUGAUGUUAGAAUCCGAAUAUAGGAGUGACAUUAUUAAUGCAAAAAGCAAUGAUGGCUGGACUCCCCUCCAUGUGGCUGCCCACUACGGUAGGGACUCAUUUGUCCGGCUCCUUCUGGAGUUCAAGGCUGAGGUCGACCCGCUCAGUGAUAAAGGUACAACGCCACUCCAGCUAGCCAUCAUCCGAGAGAGGUCAAGCUGUGUGAAAAUCCUCCUGGACCACAACGCCAACAUCGACAUUCAAAACGGCUUCCUGCUGCGAUACGCUGUGAUCAAAAGCAAUCAUUCUUACUGCCGAAUGUUCCUGCAGAGAGGGGCAGACACAAACUUGGGGCGCCUAGAAGAUGGACAAACUCCUUUACACUUGUCUGCCCUUCGUGAUGAUGUGCUAUGUGCACGGAUGUUGUAUAACUAUGGAGCGGACACGAACACAAGGAACUAUGAAGGUCAGACCCCACUGGCUGUUUCAAUAAGUAUUUCAGGAAGUAGUCGGCCGUGUUUGGAUUUCUUACAAGAAGUUACAAGACAGCCCAGAACUCUGCAGGACCUGUGCCGAAUUAAAAUUCGACAGUGUAUAGGCCUUCAAAACCUGAAGCUGCUUGAUGAACUCCCAAUUGCCAAGGUCAUGAAAGACUACUUAAAACACAAAUUUGAUGAUAUCUGAUGUACCUGGACAGUGAGCAGGAUUAGGAGUUAUUCCAGAUACUGAAAAGGCUUUUGGCCUUGCACAAAGUAUAUCCUAUGCAAUUUCUGAUUUGCUGUAAAGUCAGAAAGCAGGUAUACAGUUUUAGGUUUUUUGUUUGUUUGGUUUUCAUUGUAGGGGAGGAAUUUUUUUAUAUAUACGAACACACACACACCACAUGCUUGAAGGUCUUAAUUUGGUUUCUUGGUCCAAGUUUAUGAGGUCCAAGCCUUUCUAUACAGUCCUACAUUUAGAAAACUUUCUCCUAGAUGACACAGGCAGGUUCGAAGUGGAGAAUUUCCCCUUUUAGUACUCUGGCUUCAUUGGUGAGCAAGGUACUAGAAACCAGCAGAAUACUCGUUACAGUUGGGAGGUGCCAGGCUUUCCCGGGUGAUGCUGAAAAUUUCCCUCCCUGAGAGAAAACUUACAGUAAUGCUGUCACCUCAUUCAUUUUUAAUGAGUACAGAUCAGCUAUUUCAAAGUGUUCUCUUUUUUUUCCUAGUUAAUGUAGCUUUCCAAUGACAGUACCUCUGCUUCCUUUUGAUGCGUGCUUGUUUUUAACUUUUUUUUUUUAACAACCGUAGGACACUACCCUGAGACAUUGUAUUUCAACUCCUGUCUCGUUGAAUUGUGCUUUAAAAAAAAGUUAAUGAGAAAUGGAAAUAACUUUUUAAAGCCAGUGUACUCUGUUUUUAGACAGUGCCUCUGUGCAGUACGCUCUUGGUGUACUCCCUCCACAAUCUCACUCUUGUUCAUUCCUUGGCCAGCUUCCAUGUGCCCCUCAGAGCAGGAACCACCACUCCAGUUCCCACUGCAGACCCACAGUAUGUCACUUGAACAUCCUUUUUAAGUUUUGUGUUGUGUUUCACUUUAAGAACAAAUUUCAUGUCUGGAUGGGUAGAGCGUUCCCUAGAAAUAGCCCACAUUCUUGUUAAACCGUUUGGCUUUAAUGGUUAAAUAAUUUGGGAUGGUUUCAUGGUGAUUUGUUUCCUUCCUGGUAAUAUCUAUACAUAUAUAUAUUUUUAAGGGUAAAAUCUCUAAUGGGCACACAUUUGUAAACCUGCCUAGUUUCCUGAUGUGCUAAUUAAAUAUUUCCUGUCUUGUUUUAAGGGUAGCGACAGCGAAGCUCUUCAGGAGCUUCAGUCUCAUUUCUCGUUUGGACAUAUGUGUGCAAGAUAGGACUGGAUGUGGUGAAAUGUCGGUAGCAAAGGAAAAGGUACCGUAGACACUAGGCAUCGGGAAUGUGCCCUCAGCCACGAGCUCUACUUUGUUCAUCCUUGUGUUAGUUUACUGGAGCCUUUUCCAAUGCCCUGGUGUCAUUCUUAGUGCUUUGACACAUUUAAAACUUUAUACAGUGCUAAUAUGUUAUCAGAAGUUUACAAGAUAAGGAUUUCAACUCUUUUGUCUAAAUUGCUAGUUUGAAGACAGUAUAAAACUUCCACCUAGAAGCAUAACUAAGCAGAAUUAGGAGUCUACAUAAUGGAACUGCUUUCAGGCCAGCAGUUUGUUCUCUUGGCUAUGGAAUAGUCCUGGUAUCAGAGUGUCACAUUUGCCUGUGCCUUGGCAGCAUGUAGAUUUCUGAAGAACAGGCAGCCUUGGCAAAAAGGACUUCAAGGACUCACUGAUGUGGCCCAAAGACUCCUGCAGGCAGCGAGGCAGCAUGUGGCCAGAGUUAGAACUGAUCCCAACACAGCUACUGAGCUGUGCUCUCACUUCACUCAGGACCAAGGUCGAGGCUUGAGACCUGUUAGCAGCCUUAGGGACGUGGUGUGACCAGGAAUGACUUGAGUGUAACAUCUGUUAAAACCCCAAGCCCAGGAUGAUGAGGAGGAGGUGGGAAGGAGCCUGGGGACCUGCACUUUGAGCAGCCAUGUUAAUGUCCCCGAUGCACAGGGCUCAUUUACAUAUGCGUGUAUUAUUUUAUUCAGUUAGUUAAAAAUGACUUUCACUCCCCAGCCAUUCAAAGGAUUCUGAACUAAGCCACUGAGUUUGAGUCAGGGAAUUCCAAGUAAAAAGAUCAGAUUAAGACAAAUCCUUAGUUAGGUGUUACUGCUGUGACUUCAGAAAAAAAAAAAAAAAAAAUUAUGAGCGGUCUUCCUGGAUUUGAAAUUUCUAUUUAAUGAAGAAGUGUAUAAUUCUAUUAUUUAUUGUUUGAGGUUUAUCUGGAAGCUUAAAAGAAUGUCCUUUGUUAAUAGAAUUCCAGUCACAGACAAUAUUUAAUAGUAACUGAAACGCCAUGCAGUUGGUAAUAGAGAUGGUGAUGAACACACAGGUACGCACUUGAACUUGAUUGUCAGAGAAACAUUCUGUGGUCGUGUGAUGAGGAGUGAGAACAAGUGUUUUCAGAAAAUCAAUUGGCUUUUCCAGAAUGUUGACUGCAAAGAGUUUAACGUAGUAUCAGAUUCACCACUGAUUCUUUU